AUCAGGGGCGCGUAAACUCAGAACAGCUGAUGUUCUCUUUGUGAUCACAGUUUUAGGCAAUGCCUAAGUCUUCCAGUGGAAUUACGCAAAGUCGUAAAAAUAAACCACUGAAGAGAAUUUCUCCUCAUUGGCGUAGUACAUACCCCAUUUCAUUAAGUCAGUUACAAAAAAAGCGUGAUGAAUUUUGGGAUACAGCUCCAGCGUUUGAAGGAAGAAUUGAAAUAUGGAAUGCUUUAAAAGUGGUAGCAGAUUUUUUUGAGAAACAAGAUUAUGAUAUGGCACAGGCUAUUUUAGACGGUGCAUGUAUUACUCUACCAACUGGAACAUUAUGUGAUUGUUAUGAUGAGCUUGGUGCACGUUAUCAACUCCCAUUGUAUGUUCUCAGUCAACCGAGUAAUCUGAUAUCAGAUCAUUCUACAUCGGAUACACAGAGUAUGCAUUCACAAUAUCAAAAUAAUAAUAAUAAUGCCUCGCCUAUACUUAGAAAUUCAAAUAUUGUUGUACAUAGCAAUACUACUCAUAAUAAUGGUAGUAGUAUUAGUAGUAGUGCUAACAGUUCAAUAAUUCCUUCAAAUCAACAUUGUGAUGAUUACACUAGACGGCGGAAUAGUAAUCAUACAUCGAAUAAUGAUGAUAUCUGUGGAUGUUUAUCCCUGUUCACAUCCUUGUGUCAUAGAAAUCGUAACCGACGAACAUCUUCUACACGUUGGUUCCAGUGGAAUUUUAAUCCAUGCCGUCGACGUGUAUAUAAUCAUCAAUCAAUAAUAGGCGGUGGAAUUAUCAACUCUUCAACAUUAUUACCGUCGUCAACAGCUUCAGCGUCAGCAGCAUCAUCGUCAUCGUCAAAUUGUCUUAAUCUACGUUUGUCGACUGGUGAACAAUUCACAUUGGAAAUUGAUAAUGAAAAUAUGACUAUAUUGGAAAUAAAACGUUUAUUCGCUACAUUAUGCGGUUGGCAUGAAUUACGUCAACGUUGGUUUGUCUAUGGUCGAUGUUUACCGAAUAAAUUACAAUUGAAAGAAUGUUAUAUACCUAAAGGUUUUAUUAUUCAGGUGAUUGUACAUUCACCAUUCGAUCCUGAAUGUUUAUGGAAACGAGGAAAUAGUAAUAGUAAUGAUAAUAAUACUGGUGAUAAUAAACCGACAACGAGCAAUACUUCAACCGAUGAAAUGAUUCCUACAUCAUAAAGUAAAACUUCAAUUUGCGCGCUCUUUUUUUGUAUUAUAUUUAUUGAUUUAGUGUAAUAUGAAUCAGAGAUGAUUAUAUGGGUAUUAUACUCUUAUAUGUGUACAGGGAGGGAAAAGCAAAGCGAAAACUGUGAAUACUCUCCGUUUAUCUGUAAUAUAUAUUACAUAAUAUUGUAUGUUGUAUACAAUGUGAUUUUGUAAAAAUAACUGGACAACAGCAUUUCAUCAUUCAUUGCAUAAUGUUUACUUGUGUGUUUAUUAAUUAUUUUUUUUCAAAAUUUUCUUUCCUUCCUUUCCAAAUUCCUCUUGUGAUCCAACCACACCGCCUCAUAUGGUGGUGGUGGUGGUAGUCUCUGGGGUACGACCCCCCCCAGCUACCUCAGACACUCCCUAACUAACCCCUCACUAGGCCGCUGAUGUAGUAGUAAUCCCGGUGAAAGAAAGGGGAGGUUGUUUGGUGUGUGAGCCUAGCAACUGGAAAGCC